UCUGGAGCAUUUUAUUGCUCGUCCUUCAUUGACCUUAUUCAAUACGUGCCGCAAAUGCGAUUUGGAGCAAAUAGCAAGCCAUUUUGGCGUAUUGUUUUCAAAGCCAAUUAAUAAAAAAGAUCUGAAGGAUCUCUUGGUGGGUAGUCUGGUGGAAAUGGGCGUGGUUUUUCUGUCAUCCGCUGUUGUACCUGUGUCCGCGGACGGCGCCUCUGGGAGAGGUGGCCGCAAGCGCGACGGCGGUGCCCCGUGCGUGGGUGAUCACGUGCACGCGGAUACGCUUCCCGUGCUUGGUACACCUGCCAAAGAGCGAGAGGAGAGGCCUGAACGGGAAAAACCAACCUUCAGCCUCCCUCGGUAUGACCCGUGCUCUCCAGGCAGUGGUGGGCCGCGGGAUGAGGCGCGACUGAAAGUCCGGCUCGCCCGUCUGCAAUUCGAAGCGCAGGAAAAGGCGCACACCCGCCAGAUGCAGCUGGAGAUCAAACGGAUGGAGAUUGAAGCUGAGACCGCUGUCAAGAUCAGACAGUUGGAGUUGGAGGCGAAAGCUCAUCUCCCAGUUUCUUCCGUUGACAGCGCAAACCCCCUUUUCCCCGGAUCCCCCGCUGGUCUGCUGGACGGUGUCGGCACGAUUCAUCCUCCGCCAGUUAAAUGCGAGGAAACUCCCGACUCCUGUUUCGAACCGUUUGUGAUGGAAGGGUCUGUCUCGCUGAACGGUGAGAGUGUGGACGAAUGGCCUGUGCGUAUGUUGAGAGACACAGGUGGUUCACAGACUGUAAUUUUAGUAAAUACGCUGGACUUCUCAGAUCAUUCUUAUUGUGGUUAUGAUUCCAUACUUUGUGGAAUUGGCAUGGAGUACUCUCCUCGCCCCGUGCACCGUGUCCAUCUAAAAUCUGAGCUAAUAUCUGGUGUCUUUCCAAUGGCAGUUUGUCCUGCACUACCCAUUAAAGGGGUGGCCAUUCUGCUAGGAAAUGAUGUAGCUGGCGGUAAAGUCGUGCCACAUCUCGAAGUUCUACAAAAACCCAUUUCACAUGUUCACGGCUGUGCGUCACAGAACCCCUCAGAGCGCAAGCUGUACCCAGCUUGCGCUAUUACGCGUUCACAGUCCCGCAAAAACGCAGACCUUGAUCUUUCUGACUGCAUUCUUAUGUCAGCUUUUGCAGGAGAUGAGCAGUCUCAAAAUGCUAGUGCUUAUGCUGUUUGUCUCCCUCCAGCGCAGGUGAAAACUAUGGUGGCUCACCCGUCUAAGGUGGAGCCUGCGCUUCCCAUUACACGCACCCGACAGUGCGCUGAGCAGAGAGCGGAUCCAACUUGA